AUGCGUCGGAACAGAACCAACAUUGCUGGUACAGGGGGCGGUCCGUCCGUUUAUUCCUCACUGAACGAAUUAGAGCAGCGAGUAAGCGAGUUGCUUUCCAUAAAUAAAGCUGUGGGCGGGAUAGGUAGCACGCGGGAGUUUGGUGCGCGUCAGACGGAUGUACCAACUACAAGUUUAGGAGCAUUUUUGAAUGAUAGCAAUUUAGUCGAUAUGCCCGAAGGGGAGAAUGACAGCGAUUCAGUCGAUGUGCCCGAACAGGUGACUGAGAAACCUUCCUGCAGCCGUUCGGUACUCACUCCACGCAAUAAGCAAAGCUUACUAGAAAAGCAGGUGGAUAAUCAAAUUAUGUACCAAAAAAAUUCAACAGAAAUACUGACUGAGAUUAAUGAUUCCUUAAAAAAUAUUUCCAAAACCAUGGAAAGGACAUAUAAAAUGGUAUAUAAAAUAGAAAAACAAAAGCUAAAUUUAGCAAAAGAGCAGUUCGUCCAUAGUCGAAAAAUGGACUGUGAUAAUUUUAAGUUAAAACUUAGGAAAUUAGAAAUUCAAAAACAAAUGUCGGAGUUGCAGACAAAUAAGACACAUGAGAAACAUGGAACUUCCUUUUAAUUUUUUACUUAUGUACGUAUGUAC